GAGUCACGCCGUUGUCAGUGUCAAUGGCGGAUGGAAACAAUCGCAGUUCAAUAUUUGGGUUUUCAGUGUGAAAUCUGAGGAAAGAUGCAGUCAUUCUACAAUAUCGAGAUCAACAAGACGGAGUGGAAUGUGCCCGCGCGCUACCAGAUGCUGACGCCCGUGGGCAGCGGCGCCUACGGGCAGGUUUGCUCCGCCGUGGACACACUGAACAACACAAAGGUGGCCAUCAAGAAGCUGGCGCGCCCCUUCCAGACCGCCGUGCACGCCAAGCGGACGUACAGGGAGCUGCGGAUGUUGAAGCACAUGAACCAUGAGAACGUGAUUGGGCUGCUCAACGUCUUCCAUCCGGGCGGCAAGUCGCUGGAGAGCUUUCAGCAUGUGUACCUCGUGACACAUCUGAUGGGCGCCGACCUCAACAACAUCGUCCGCACGCAGAAGCUCUCCGACGAUCACGUGCAAUUCCUCGUGUACCAGAUCCUGCGCGGCCUCAAGUACAUCCACAGCGCCGGCAUCAUCCACCGCGACCUGAAGCCGAGCAACAUCGCCGUGAACGAGGACUGCGAGCUGAAGAUUCUGGACUUCGGGCUGGCGCGGCCCACGGAGAACGAGAUGACGGGCUACGUUGCGACGAGGUGGUAUCGCGCCCCCGAAAUCAUGCUCAACUGGAUGCACUACAACCAGACGGUGGACAUCUGGUCGGUGGGCUGCAUCAUGGCCGAGCUGCUCACGAGCCGCACGCUUUUCCCAGGCAGCGAUCAUAUCCACCAGCUGAACCUGAUCAUGGAGGUGCUGGGCACGCCGACGGACGACUUCAUGGCCAAGAUCUCGUCCGAGAGCGCGCGCAACUACAUCAAGUCGCUGCCGAUUAUGCGGAAGCAGGACUUCCGCACGGUGUUCCUUGGCGCCAAUCCCAAGGCCAUCGACCUGCUGGAGAAGAUGCUGGAGCUGGACGCGGACAAGCGCAUCCAGGCCGAGGAGGCGCUCGCUCAUCCGUACCUGGAGAAGUACGCCGAUCCCACGGACGAGCCGACGUCGGCGCUCUAUGAUCAGAGCUUCGAGGACAUGGACCUGCCGGUGGAGAAGUGGAAGCAGCUGGUGUUCGAGGAGGUGACCAGCUUCCUGGAGGCAGCGGCGCCGGCGGAAAAGUGAGGGGACGCGUGUUUUCUUUCUGUAUUACAAACAAACAAUUUGAGAAGAAACCCCAAAAGUGUAUUUUGCGAGGCAAUAUUGCAAUCUUACCGACACAACACUGUGAAGACAAACUUUACCUGCUUUUAGUAUGCGCCAUGGAAUAAUAUUUUGGAUAGAAAAAAAAAACAC